AUGGUGGCCCAUCUUGAGACUGGCCGCAUCCACUCGCUGCCAGUCCAAGUCACCUACCACCUUUCGUCAAGCUCGCAGUGCUUCUCCACCCUCUUCCCCGAGCCCCAAGACGUCUACCUUCAUCCUACCGUUAGCAAGAGCAGAGAUGGCGAGGACGAGGUGUGGGGCGCGAUCUACCUUAAAGCCGUCGUCCAAGGCAUUGUCAUGUCAAGCCCUGAAUUACACCCAGCCCACCCCUACACACCCGACCUAUCCCUCUAUCUCCUCGACCCCCGCGAAACCUUCUUCAAGAAGUUGCGUGCGGGCCCUCGCACACGCUCCCGUACCGUCGCCGGAUACGAGGUGUGGUCCGGCAAAGGGCUCGUCAGCAAUGCGCUUGCGGAAGUGGACAAAGGCAAGAGCCUGAUCACGGGACGGCUCGUUCGCCGAGCCCAGUUUCUCAAUGUGGCACCGCCUCCACCAGCGGGGCUUUCAGCGUUGGAGGCAUUGGCGGCUGCCAACGCCAACAGGUCUACCACUGAGGUCGAGGCGUGGGGCAUCGAAAUCUUUGUUGGCCUCAAGUCGGGUCUCUCGUCAUCAUCGGCGUUCCCUGGGCCACUGCACCACACUGUUGAGAGCGGUUCUGUCGCCGGCAUUGCUGAGCCUGAUGAGGAGGACGAAGAGGAAGAGGUUGCCGACUCGCCUGCGAACACUCCAGCUCGUCCUUCGACUGUUGCUCGCAUCCCCUCAUUCCCUGCCCCGCGCACCGUUUCGUCGUCCAACCUUCCUCCGCGUGCCAUUCCUCGUCAUCACUCCUCAUCAUCGCCCGCCGGACCAUCACGGGGAAGGCCGCCAGUCACACGCAAAAAGGUCGAUGAGCGGUCCAAACUGUCGAAUCUGGACAUGAACAAAGCGUCGUCCUCUCCGGUCCAAGCCGCCCAGAUCUUCAACAAGCUUACAGACGAACAGAAGAACGUCCUUACUCCCGACGUCCUUUCUUUCCUCGAGAAGCUUGCUGGCAACCACGGCGCCCAGGUUGUCGCGAAAGAGAAGCGGAUGCGCGAGGAGGAGGUGGCCAAGAGCGAUGACUUGGUGUUCAAGCGUCCCCGCAACUCGAACUCCAGACCUAGAUCCGAGGCGUCGAGCGCGUCGACGUACAAGGCACCAAUUUCGGAGUGCUCGAACUGUAAAGCGACCAGAAGCUCGGUUUGGCGGCAGCAACAGAUGCCCAACGGUGAGACGUGUCGUGUCUGCAACGCCUGUGGACUGUACUACCAGAAGAAGGCGGCACCUCGACCAGCGUCGAUGUGGACACGCGACCAAGAUGGCGUCGUACGCGGCCGCGGCCGCACGAAGGCGUCUGACCGCACGGGCAAGGGAGAGCGCGAGCUCAAACGGACCAUGACCCAGGCUGUGGAGAAGGACGCGCAGCGCAUUGCUACGAACCGCCGCAAACCAGCGUCGCGCGGCAAGACUCCUGCGAUGCUCAAGGACGCUCCUCAGACAUCGCCGAGCCGCGGUUCAGUUCCUCUUCCGCACGCCGUUCGUGUGGCUGCCGCAACCAGCGUCGCCGGUAGCUCUCCUGCUGGGUCAAGCGUUUGGCAUGGGGACGACACCCCUGGGCCUGCCUCGAUGGGCCACCAGCCGAUGCAGAGCCUCGAUAUGCCACUCAGCGAUGACGGCUCCGGGAAUACCGAGUCCCAGGGACUCGCCUGGGCAGGCGAUCUGUCAGCCUUCUUUGACGUUGAAGGCUUCAGCGCUGCGCCAGACAGCGACGUUAGUGCUAGCACCAGUCCGAUCCACUCCCGUCAUCGCCCCAUGUCAUCGAUGGACGCCCGCAACGUCUCGUCGGCGCUCCGCAACCAGAUAGUCAUCCCUACGAGCGACGCCGCCGAGCCUUCGGACGACGCCGCCUGGUCGGAGCUCUUCAACCGUACCUCGUCGUUCGGACAUUCCUCGUCCGUCGGGGACCGUACCUCAUCCUUCGGUCGUUCCUCGUCUUUCGGAGCCUACGACUCGUCGCCUCAACCUCACGAGAAGUUCGACUUCUCCCAGCUCCCGCCUAGCUCUCCACCUGCGCUCCCGAGCAAUCUGUCGCACUCGGCCCUCCUCUUCUCGAGCCCUGGGCCCUCAUCUGUGUCACCCAUCGAUCCCUCACCACGCGACCACAAGCCUUCUCCGGGCGCGCCCUCGGGCCUGCGCAACGAAGUAACCCUCGACGACAAGCCAGGCAAUAACAUCCAGAUACAGGACAUCCUCGACAAGCUGGGCAACACCGACAUACUUGCGCUCUUUGACAACCUCCCCGCCGCCUAA